AUGAUUCUCAACUAUUUGCUCGCUACAAGACCAAUCAUAUUUGCUGGUCCUUCAGGUGUAGGUAAAGGAACAAUCAUUAACCAUUUAAUGGAGAAAUAUAAAGAUCAAUUCGCAUAUAGCGUAUCACAUACAACGAGAAAGCCAAGAGAAGGUGAAGUAGAUGGCGUUGAUUACAUAUUCGUAUCACGCGAGAAAAUGGAAAAAGAUAUAAAAGACGGAAAAUUUAUUGAAUAUAAUUAUAUUCAUGGCAAUAUUUACGGAACAUCAUACGAAGCAUUAGAAAAUGUAACAAAAUCAGGAAAGAUAUGCAUAUUCGAUGUUAAUCUCGAUGCAUCUCUUGCAAUGAAACAAAAAAAUCUAAAUCCUUAUAUAAUUGUUUUAUUACCUAGAAACUUAGAUGUACUUGAGUCUAGAAUAAGAGGAAGAGGACAAGAUGAUGAAAACUCAAUUAAAACUAGACUGAAAACAGCUGAAACUGAAAUCAAAGUUAUUAAUGAAAAUAAAGACAAAUGGGACCUAAUUAUAGUAAAUGAUGUUCUCGAAGACACUCUUAAGACCAUUGAAGAACAUUUAUUUGGAACACAAGAAAUUUAA